AGUGAAAUAAAAAUGUACACAAAAAUGAAGAAAAAUCCAAAACGAUUGAGAAAAGAUGAAGAUCGCGGCGGCGGUGAGAAAAAUUGUCCGCCAAAAAAAUUAAUUAAAAAACAACAACAGAAAAUGUGUAGUGCUAAGAGAAUUCUUAACAAAGUUAUCGAUAAUAAUAUUAAAAAUAAUAAUAAUAAAAUAAUGCUAGGAUUAUGUGUAGUUGUAAUUUUUUUAAUUGAAAAUUGUUCGGCAGGCUAUGCGUGUCUCAGUAAUCCGUGUAUAUUUGGUGUUUGUAUGGACGAUAUUAACAGCACUUACUCAUGCUAUUGCAUCGAUGGCUAUACCGGAGUGCAGUGUCAAACGAAUUGGGAUGAAUGUUGGUCGGCGCCCUGUCAAAACGGCGGCACAUGCAUCGAUGGCGUCGCGCAGUACAAUUGCACGUGUCCCGAUGGAUUUGCAGGAUCCAAUUGCGAGCAGAACCUUGACGAAUGCCUUUCAAACCCAUGUCAAAAUGGGGCGACGUGUCACGACAAAGAUAACGGCUACACAUGUUCUUGUCAUCCGGGUUAUACGGGCGAGAAUUGCGAAACAGAUGUGGCUGUUUGUGAAACAGGAAAUGGCGAACGUUGUCAUCAUGGCGGCGAAUGCAAAGAAGGUCCCGGACUCGAUUUCACGUGUAAUUGCGCUCCCGGAUGGAACGGACAGUUUUGCGACACGGAAAUUAACGAAUGCGAAUCGGGUCCUUGUCAAAAUGGCGGCGUUUGUAUUGAUAAAGUUGCCGGUUAUGCUUGCGCUUGUACCAUGGGCUUCACCGGAACAAAUUGCGAAGAAGAAAUUUUAAAAUGUGAUCAUUCGCCAUGUCAAAAUCGUGCAUUGUGUUUGAUGGAAGAGGGCGCUCCGGUUUGUUAUUGUGUUCCCGAUUUCCAUGGCGAACGAUGCGAAUUUCAAUAUGACGAAUGUCAACUGGGUCCGCGAUGCAUGAAUGGCGGCGUUUGUAUUGAUGGCGUCGACGAUUACAGUUGCAGUUGUUCGCCCGGCAUGACUGGAAGACUUUGCGAAUGUUUAAUUUUGGCAGAGGAUGAGGUAGAUUGCAAUUAUACGACAACGUUGACAACAGCGCGCCCUAGCGAGUUAUCGACAACGACAGUAGCGUCGCAUGAAACGACUUUUGGAAGCACUUUCGAUACGACUUUUGUGCCAAAGAGUACGGAAAAGCCCGUUUUUACGACAUUUUCGUACAAAACAACUGACGUUACGACAGUGACGACAACAAAUUUGCCGCUAACGACAUCUGGCGAUCAGAUAACCUCAACUACCACGGAAGGGCGUUACACGAGCAAAUCAUUUCGCACAUCGACAACUUCCCCUCACGAGGCGCAGACAUUUCGUACUCCUGCUGCUAGUUCUGAACUUCCUUAUAGCACUGUGUCUCCUACUGAUUUUACGGAAUUAUAUACGGAUGCGACGACUUUAAGUCAUCACUCGACGCCAGAUGACGCUGCUUUUACGAGCGAACCAACGACAGAUGCGCAAUUCACGCGUUUCAGUACGCGCCCAACGCCGGGGCAUUUAACGACGCACGAACCAACGCAACCUGUGCCAACUGACGCUCCGGAUCAUAUCACGCAUUUCUUCACGGAAUUUCCCACUUUGACAACGACAAUUCCAACAACGCCCUCUAGCGUGAGUAUUUCAUCAACUGAAUCUCAUACAGAGUUGCCAACAUCAACGACAACAACAACUACGGAGUUGCCAACGACACAUUUCCUGUCAUCCAGUACGACAACUGAAGCGCCGCCUACAAUCCCGACACGAACUACAACGAUCUCGACAACGGAAACGACAGAUUGCGCAAAAAUUACUUGCCAAAAUGGAGGCACUUGUGUUACUUCGAGCUUAAAUGGCACAAAGUGCAUUUGUGCCUUCAACUUCACCGGCGAGCAAUGCGAGCAGAAACUUUCCAUUCGACGAGCGGCUUUUGGAGGCGAUUCGUACGUCAGUCAUCGCAUUUUCUUGGAUGGAGUGUCGGAACAAAAAUCCUUGGAUGAAAUUUUGCCGCUGAAGAUUGAACUUAAAGCACGAACAAGAGCAACGGAAGGUCUGAUAAUUCUCGCAGCUGGAACAGGAAAUCGCGGAGGACAUUAUAUGGCACUUUUUCUGCAUCGAGGCUUGUUGCAAUUUCAAUUUUCGUGCGGAUUACAAACGAUGCUGUUGAGCGAACUGGAGGCGCCUAUUAAUUCGGGACACGAGUUUUCAAUUCAUGCAGAACUCGAUUUCAGUCGAAAUCACUCCCAUUGCAAUGCCUCACUGCGUGUUAAUGAUACACUUGCGAUGAGCGGCGAUCAACCAACAUGGCUGAAUGCCAAUGCCAAAAAUCGUUACGGAAAUCGUCGUAAAGUUGUACAAGUGAAAGAAGAUACCGACGAAGACGCCAAAAAUUCCGUGAAAAAUGUUUGGCUCCAUUUGGGCGGCGCUCCUCAACUCGACCAAACAAUUGGAUUGUUUAACGAUCUUCCAGCGGGACAAGGAUUCACAGGAUGUUUGCAUUCGCUAAAAGUAAAUGGAGGCAGGAGAGAAAUUUUCAGCGAUGCCUUUGAUGGAUUCAAUGUGCAAGAAUGCGGCUCGUUGGCAUGCCUUUCGAAUCCAUGUCGUAAUGGCGCAACAUGCAUCGAAGAAGACGAAGACGACGACGAAACGGGACACGAUGAAAGUGAAAAUGACGUUCAUAAUCACUCGUUUUUCACGUCGUUGUCGACAAACAGCGCGAAUGGCGGCGACAAAUGGCGAUGUAAGUGCACAACUGGAUUUAUGGGACCGACAUGCGAAAUUUCCAUUUGCGAUAAUAAUCCGUGUCAAUAUGGCGGCACAUGUGUGACAUUCCCCGGAAGCGGUUAUUUGUGUUUAUGCCCUCUUGGCAAGCAUGGACAUUAUUGCGAGCACAAUCUGGAAAUCACAACGCCAACAUUUUCGGGUACAAUUAAUGGUCUUUCGUCGUAUAUGGCGUACCCGUUGCCGAUUCCUUUGGAGCAUUCCGUGCAAUUUAGCUUCAAAAUGUCGCCGACAACGAUGCAACAGAUCUCAUUGCUUGCGUUUAUUGGUCAAAAUGGGAAUCAUGAUGACAAGAGUGAUCAUAUUGCUGUCAGUUUUAUUCAAGGUUAUAUCAUGCUCACGUGGAAUUUGGGAGCAGGUCCUCGUCGUAUUUUCACGCAAAAACCUGUCGAAUGGAAGACUGAUGGCACGGAAAACGUUUAUCAGAUCGAAGUUGGAAGAAUUGGGCGAACCGCAUGGCUUACAGUUGAUAAUAAUGUUAAUAUAAGUGGAAAUUCUCCCGGCGGUAUGACCAAAUUUGAGGUUAAUCCUGUUUUGUAUCUCGGAGGUCAUUCUGUUGGUAAUUUCUCGUCUUUGCCGCAUGAUCUUCCGCUACAUUCGGGUUUCCAAGGAUGCAUUUUCGAUCUUCAACUGAUUUCGGGGCACAUUUCGAUUCCAUUGCUCGAAACGAAGGGCGUUCGAGGUCGAGGCGUUGGUCAAUGCGGUACGCGGGAAUGUCAUCGACAUGCGUGUCAACAUGAUGGCGCGUGUUUGCAACAUGGCGCGACAUUUACUUGCAUUUGUCAAGAAGGAUGGCAUGGUCCCUUAUGCGCUCAAAAGUCAAAUCCGUGCGAAGGAGGCAACAAUCGAUGUGCGCCAGAUGCCAUGUGUGUUCCUCUCGUCACGGGCUACGAAUGCGAUUGUCCUGUGGGCAAAACGGGCAAAUAUUGCGAUCAAAUUAUCAAACAUUUGAGCGAUGUUUCGAUGACGGGACGUCGUUCUUACCUGAAAAUUAAAUGGCCCAGUAUCGAAAGUGACGUUUACUUUGGGAGACUUUUGCAAUCGCAUGGAUACGAGAAAAAUCCGCAAAAUGUGAGAAGUGCAUUUUUGUAUGACGAACCGAUGCCUGUGAAAUUGAUCGUUCCGUCGCGUGCGGCGCAGCAACAAAGUCGCGUUCAACACUUUUCCGUUGAAUUUCAAAUUCGCCCGUUGUCGGAAAGAGGGCUUUUAUUGUUCUUCGGCGACUUGGAAGAUAAUAAAGAUGGUCAAAUUGGGUUUGUAAGUGUGUCGUUGCAAGGCGGCGUCAUUGAAUAUCGAACUGCAGGACCCCAAGGACAUAUAACAGUUGUUCGGAGUUCAAGAAUUUUGGCAAUUGGUGAAUGGCACAAAGUUAAAGUUAUUCAAGCGGGGCGUCGAAUGACACUUUGGGUUGAAGGAAGUAGUUCUUCCGCUCUAACGCCGUCAUUCAACUCCUUCGUAGACUCCAAUACCGAAAUUUACAUCGGAGGUCUUCACGAUCUUUCCCGUCUUCCGCAACAUGCGAUUUCAUUGUAUCCCGUUCCGUAUCGCGGAUGCUUCCGACAACUCACAGUAUCGGGAAUUCGUGUCAUUUUGAACGAAACAACGAUCGUUUCCUCGAAAAACAUUCAAGAUUGCGAUGGCACAGGAUGCGGCGGCGAUUCUUGUGACUCUGGCGGGCAUUGUUGGCUCGACGAAAAGAUGAAACCGCAUUGCAAAUGCCCCGAAACCGCAAAAGGGGAUCGUUGUGAGCUUCCGGCGAGUUGUCACGUCGUAAAAUGCAAGAACGGAGGCGAAUGUGUGAAGAAUGGGCAAUGCGACUGCCCGAAUGGAUGGGGAGGAUACUUUUGUGAAAUUGCAACGAGCAAACAUUCGACGCCAAGUUUCAAUGGAAAUAGUUACCUGAUUGUUCCGCCGCCCCGAAUUCCCGUGAAAGACAAGCGAAAUGGCGGGCAAAGUGCGAAAUUGAAGCCCGUUUUGCAGAUAAGCGUAAAUUUUUCGACAAUUCAUCCGAAUGGCGUGCUUAUUUGGAGCGGAAAUGAUCACUUUUUGGGCUUGGGACUCGAACAGGGACACGUUCGGGUAGCAAGUAGUGAACUUGUUGGCGUUAAUAAGACACUCGAUGUACCGUCGGCGGGAUUUUUGGCAGAUGGCGCAUGGCAUAACAUCAAAAUUCAAGCGGAUUCUGACAACUUGGAUAUUUAUGUCGACGGCAGAAUCACUUAUUCCGAGUCGAAUAACAAAAAUUUGCAACAAAUUUUCAGCAGUAGUAGUAAAAAUAGCUCCUUGCUCAUGCAAGAUAAAUUUUUCGUAGGUGGCUUCCCACACAACAUUUCAGUUUCGUCACACACAAAUUCCAUAUUUUACGCGCCAUUCAAAGGUUGCCUUGACGACAUCGACUUCGGUAAUGGCUUCAUUGCCCAACAAGAUGACUUUAGUCUCUUUGAGGGACGCAACAUCGGCGAAUGUGCACAAUUUGAUGAAUUUACAAACGAUUAAUGUGGUCUAAUUACUCGUAAAACAACAAAAAAAUCUCAAAAUAGAAGUUUUUCCGUUUUUGAAAGUAGACACAAGAAAUAUUUUUAAGAAUAAAUUUUAGAAACAAAAAACUAUUCAAAAUUUGACAUAAAAAAAAUCUAGAAUUAAGUUAUAAAUAUAAUGUUAGUGGCUGUUUGACUAUAACACACGUGUACUACUAAAAGGAGACUCGAGUCAUCCGCUACAAAAAAAAACAGUAUUUGAUUUUUUUGCAUUUUCAACGGAAUUGUUUCAAAAACUUACCUUUUAAAACUGCCUUUGACUGGAAAAUGUUUUGUUACGAAAAAUAUCAAAAAUUUUAAAAAAUUAAGUUUCAUAUCUGUAAAAUAAUUAUAAAAAAAAUGAUAAAUUUUGCUUCGAAAUUCUUUUCACACUAAUCGUAAAACAAAAAAAAUGUAUCUAAGGAUAUUCUAGCAUUUAUUAUACAAAUUUAUUGAUGAA